UGCAGCCGCCAAGACCAAGAUGGCCGCGAGACUCAGCGCCUUCCUCACGAAUGCUUGGGCCAAGGAGCCAGUACUGGUCAUGUCCUUCUUCAUCGGGACCCUAGCUAUAAUUCUGUCCCCACUUAGCCCCUACUUCAAGUACUCUGUCAUGAUCAACAAGGCCACGCCCUACAACUACCCAGUGCCUGUCCUCGAUGAUAGGAACAUGCCUGACAUACCCAGCCACUGCCAGGACCCCCAUGGGCCCAGCCUGGAGUGACUGAAGUACCUGUGAGCACCUCCACUGACCAAGGCGGGCCCUCUCCCAGCUCCCAAUAAAAAUGUGAAAACCAAAAAAAAAGGAAAAAUAUUA